AUGAUGAUGUUAUAUAAGCUGGUAGUUUUAGGAGACGGUGGCGUCGGCAAGACAUAUGACCCAACAAUUGAGGAUUCAUACAGGAAGCAGGUAGUGAUUGAUGAUCAACCAUGCGUUUUAGAGGUACUGGAUACAGCAGGGCAAG